CGCGUACUGAGAGCAGAGCAAAAACAAAGGAUUUCCAUUCCAUGGCCGGAAUUUCUUCAAUCUCCGCCGUCCACUUCCUCACGCUCUCUCUUUUCGUCUUCUCCGCCGUAGCUUUUGCAACUCCCGAAGAUGAGGAUUCCUUCGUAAGGAGCGUGGACAGGAAACUGUUGGGUCUCCGAAAACAGAAGCUCAGCCACUUCCGUCUGUAUUGGCACGACACUCUCACUGGUAAAAACCCAAGCUCGGUCCGGAUCGUACCGCCGGUUUCGAACUCAUCGACGACAGGGUUCGGUUUUGUCCAAAUGAUCGACAACGCAUUAACAGCGGGGCCAGACCCGAGGUCAAAACUGUGGGGAAGAGCUGAGGGGUUCUACGCAGCGGCUUCGCAGGAGAAUCCGGGUCUGUUAAUGGCGAUGAAUUUCGCGUUUUUUAGCGGGAAAUACAACGGAAGCUCACUCACCAUCUUCGGGAGAAACCCAUUUAUGGAAAAGGUGAGAGAGAUGCCGGUGAUCGGAGGAAGCGGGCUGUUCAGAUUUGCCAGAGGAUACGCGGAAGCCAGAACCAGCAAGAUUGAUUUCAAAACAGGAGAUGCGGUUAUUGAAUAUAACAUCUACGUACUUCAUUAUUGACCCUCUGUUUCCUUUACUUUUCUAAAAGGUGUUAUUUUUCUUUUUCUUUCCUUCCUUUUUUUACCUUUUAAUAAUUUAAUGUUAAGUGGGUUUGGUUGUUGGAAUUGAAAUGCAAGUUCCCUUUC